CCGCUUGCCUGGGGCCCCGCCGCGCCGUCCAAGCGGCAGCCUGAGGCUUAGAAGCCGCGAGCCACGCCGCCCAGGAGCAGCCCCAUGGCGGGUAAGUGGCCUCACCUCCCACCCCUGCCCCAGGGCCUAGAGUCUGCUCUCUGCGACUGUUCAAGCACUUGUCUCGACCCUGCCACCCUCAGAAACGGCUGUGGUUUAGGAUGUGUACAGGACCCGCCUUUUUACCAACCUCUCUAUACCCCUGAACCCGGCAAGACCCAUGCCCACACAUGGCCAGGAGUCUGCUUUGCCCAGUCCCCGCAACAAGUGAGACCAAGCCUCUAUAAGCCUUCUUGCGGGCUCCAGGCAUAACCUCGAGGGUCCCCGCAAAUGUGGGAGUCCUUGGGGUCUCCAUUUCUCAAAUCUGCUAUCCUUCCCCCUUUACACUAGGCUUCACUGCCUGCCACCUUCUGCCCAAAGCAUGGGCUCCCCUUGGUAGAGGGUGAGGUGGGGGAUACUAACUACAGAGCCAAGGUAGGGCACGUGGAGCCUCCCAUCUAGCUACAGGACCCCUCCAAAAAAGAGCUCUACCAAGCCAUGGGGCACAGAUUCCUUCCUGGCCUUUUCUUAAGUGUGUGGCGCCCACACCCAAGCUCACAUUCAGACCCCAGCAGGAACCCAGGGAAGGGGAGGCUCUAUGAGGGAGAGUUUGCUUUUCACUCUGGAGCAAAGCCAUAUCCGAGUCCAGGGCCAGCUGUUGCCAAGGGAAAUGUCUUUUGGGCUGAGACCAGCAAACAACCUACUUAUGUGCCAUUCUCGGGAUGGGGCACUGUCCAGUUCUGCUCACUCUCGAGGAUAGAGGUGUGUGUCUAUCGUGGGGGUGGCUCUCCUCAUCUGACUCACAGCCUGCACUGGUGGUCUCUGCCUCAGAGCAGCUGGCCUUGGUGAUAGGGGGCAUCAUUGGGGGGCUGCUGCUGCUGAUCAUCGGAGUGAGCUGUUGUCUGUGGAGGAGGCUUUGCGCCACCUUUACCUAUGAGGAGCUGCCAGAGACACCAGACCCGGCCACCACCUCUUCCACCAGCAGACGAGAAGACAGGCUCUGCCCAUAUGCUGGGCCCCCACCUGGCAGGCUACCAAGUGUACCAUUUGUUGUACCCCCUUCUCACCAAGGCCGAGACUGGGUGCCCCUACACGCUGGAGAUGGGGCUCCGGCCUCACAGGACCCCUGUCCUGUCCCAGAGCACAUGCCCUACACCUCCAGUGCCAGCCCUGGAGAUGCAUGUGUAAUAGGGAAUAUCAACCCAGAACUGUACAAGUCCCCAGAGGACACGAGUGAGACAGACUUCCCUGAUGGCUGCCUGGGCCGGCUCUGGUUCUCCGUGGAGUACCAACAGGAGUCUGAGCGGUUGCUGGUGGGUCUGAUCAAGGCUCGGCAACUGCAAGUCCCCUCAGAGACCUGCAGCACCCUGGUGAAGCUCCACCUGCUGCCCGAUGAACGGCGCUUCCUCCAGUCCAAGACAAAACGAAAAACCUGCAACCCACAGUUUGAUGAGAACUUCGUCUUCCAGGUGUCUAGCAGAAGCGUUUCCCAGAGAGUGCUGAAGUUCUCCGUGUACCAUGUAAACAGGCAAAGGAAGCACCAGCUCCUUGGGCAGGUGCUGUUCCCACUGAAGAAUGAGACCCUGGCAGGGGACGGCCACCAUAUCAUCUGGAGAGAUCUAGAAGCUGAGAACCUGGAGCCUCCCUCGGAGUUUGGUGACCUCCAGUUCUGCCUCAGCUACAAUGACUACCUGAACCGCCUGACUGUGGUUGUGCUCCGUGCCAAAGGUCUCCAGCUCCAAGAGGACAGGGGUGUUGUCAGUGUGUUUGUCAAAGUGUCUCUGAUGAAUCACAACAAAUUCGUCAAGUGCAAGAGGACUUCUGCCGUCCUGGGCUCUGUCAGUCCCGUGUACAACGAAACCUUCAGCUUCAAGGCUGACCCCAGCGAGCUGGACACGGCCAGCCUCAGCCUGACGGUGCUGCAGAUCACGGAAGGGGACAAGAGCUACCCCCUGGGCCGUGUGGUGGUGGGCCCCUACAUGUACACCCGAGGCAGAGAGCUGGAGCACUGGGACGAGAUGCUCCGGAGGCCCAAGGAGCUGGUGAAGCGCUGGCAUGCCCUGUGCCGCCCCACAGAGCCCUGAGCGGUGCCAUGACCUCACUCUGCUUUGGAAACUCGUGCCCUCCCUGCUACGUGCCACACCACAGCACGGACAUCUCAUCCCACGUUUAGUGCACGGUGGGGCUAGCCUGAGCCAGUGGUCCACGGGUGUUCCUGUGCAGGAGGGAAAAGGGACAGAGAAGCCCAGAUUUGACCAGUGUCUGUGGCCAGGAGCCCCUCCCAACCCACCCAACCCCUCCUGACCUGUGGGGCUGCCUGGGCCUGGAACCCGGACUUCUGAUCAUCAAGGUCGUGACCUCGAAUAGGAUGUCAGGUGUUGAGAAUUGAUAUUUCAUUUGGUGGAGCACAGCUACAUAUGCUGAACGGGAGUGCAGUGUGAGCCGGGUCCCCCCACUUUGGGAAGCUGGUGAUGGGUUGAGUCCACAACUGCAUUGGUUUUCAAGCUGGGGUUUCUCUGUCUUCCACCCAGCACAGUAAAAAACACAUGUCUCUCUGGGGGCCCAACAGACAUGUUGAGCAGCCCACCCACAUACCAGGAGGUCAACGAGUGAUCAGCACAGCUUACUAUGUAGCCCUUCCCUGGAGCCAUAAUGCAUGGCAACCAAAACUAUGUGAAGUCUUGUCCACAGCCAUCCUCAGAAUGCCACACCACACCCUAGGCCCUCAGGUGAUCUGUGGCUGGGUUUUGUGCUCAUCUGAUUAACAGGAUUUGGCAUUCAGCUCCUGACUCUUACUUUGGACAGGUGAAUCCAUGGGAUCAUGGUAUUGUCCACAAGACUGAUGACAGUGGCUUGACUGUGCCCUGGUAGGUAUAAACCUCUUAGGUUAGUGGUCCCCACAAUCAAAGUCACUGUCACCAAAUGCCCAUUACUGUACUGAUGGGUAGGCACUGUACCUGUUGUUUCCAUGUGCAUCUGUACCCUAAGUCAAUGCUGUGUCUCCGUGGGCAUCUGUACCCUAAGCCGCAGACUGACAGAGUCAAUGUUGUGCUUCUGUGUGCAUCUGUACCCUAAGCUGCAAAAUGACAGAGUCAAUGCUGUGUCUCAGUGUACAUCCAUACCCUAAGCCGCAGACUGACCGAGUCAAUGCUGUGCUUCUGUGUGCAUCCGUACCCUAAGCCGCAGACUGACCGAGUCAAUGCUGUGCUUCGGUGUGCAUCCGUACCCUAAGCCGCAGACUGACAGAGUCAAUGCGGCUGUGAUGUAACUAAAGCGGAGUUGCCCACCUGUGUCUGUCUUGCUGUGUGUAAUGAAGCAACUUCAGCAAACGCAGCAGCGACCCUCAUCUGUGUCUGUUUAGCUCCACUUCUCGUUUCCGUCAAUACACAAAUACAAGUUUUGCCUGACUGGUCCAGAUGGACAGAC